AUAGGUGAGCAGGUGUAACACUGGUCGGUCAAGUCAGUUGCCAUUAGCAACCAGUUGGGAGGUCAAAGCAGGCAAAGUUCUUUUAGCUUAGCAUUUUCUGUUUGGACUAAACAUAUAAGAAUGGACGUCGCUCCACCCAAAAAGACUGCAAAAAAGAAACGCAAGACCCAUACGACCAGAGGGUAUCGGAAAAGGGAGCAGGAGGUGCAGAGAUUGAUGAGGGCGACGGAAGGCACAAUCUCUGGCCAAGAACACGACAUGGAGGCGCUUAGCCUGGAGUUCUUUCAUGGAUUUGAAGGCGAGAUGCAGCAGGAGAACGAUUUCGCUGCUCAAGAUGUUGGCCAGGAGAGCGACGAGGAUUCUGGCGGGGAACUGGCCGUGGAACCAUCGGAUUCGCCCUCCCAGACAUUUAUACAAAUCGAUCUGAACGAUCCUCCUCUGGCCUGGAGUCAGCUCUUCAAGCAGCGCCACUAUUAUGAUGAGAGUCUACUCUACCGACCGAGUAAUACCCUCCACUUUCAGCUGCAUAUGAGUGAUGUCCAGUUGAAGGAUUUCCAGAUCCGUAUGCUGAACCGCUACCAGGAGCAGUCGAAGAGCGAGUCCGGAAAACUGGGCUCCAAUCUGAUUGGUCAGCUGAGUGGGCAGAAUUCUGCGAGAUUCUUGAUAGGAAAACAUCUUUAUCGCAGUGUGUGCCAUAGGAGGUUUCAGAGCGUCUUCUUCCCACCCAUGCCGCCAAGUGAGUUGAAGGGCCUGCCCUCCAGACGCUGCCUGAAAUUGUGCCUCAAACAACUCCGGUUCAGCUUGCACCCUCAACUCUUGGAGGAGCAUCGACUGGCGCAACAAUUGGGGGAUCUCUUCGAUGUGUAUAGCCACCAGCAGAAGCAGAGAAUCUGCCGGAAGCUAAGGGAGGAACUGGAGAUAGCCCGCCAGGUGGCACUCAAGCUGCUCGCCUCGGCUGGCCAGGAUCAGACGGCAGAGGUGAAGCGUCAACUAAAGCUGACCCGCCAACUGAGGCAACGUUACUACGCCGAGUCGGCUGCCCAGCGUAAACUUCUCCAGCGCCUGCUGAAGGAGUGGGCCAAGCUGAAGGAGCUGCGCCGCCAGCAGCGCUUCCAGUGCACACGUUUCCAACUGGGCCUCCGUGUGGUGCAUCCCGCAGACUUGGAGGCCUCCUACUGCUCGUGGAAGGAGAGCUUUGAAGCGGACCUGGCCGAGGUGUAUCGCGAGCACCUGGAGGUGUUUUACACCCGACUGCGCCUGUGGAGCGACCAAAAGACCCACAGCCGCACAUCGUCGGGCCAAUCAAAGCCACCACGGAAACCACAAUUCGAUCGGAUUAUGGCUAGCUUGAGGAAGGAGUACGACAAGGCAUUCAAGGAUCCGGAGGAGCCUUUCGUGGAGGUCUUUCGGCUGCACGCGGAUGAAGCAGCUGUCAGGUUGUCCAUUCCAGGCGGGGAUCAGCUGCCCAAGGCGCGGAACUACUUUCUAAAGAUAUUCCUGGACGGACAAUUUGUAGGCCAGAGCAGGAGCUACCGCCUGGAGCCGGAUCUCCAGAUAUCCAUCAACGAGUGCAUUGGAGUGCUGUUGGAACGGUCUCUUCCGGAGAACCUAAACAUAUGGCUCUAUGAGAAGUCCACGUUGACCCCAAAGAGUCGCCGCCUGGCCCAGAUGAGCACUCCGCUCCUGCUAAGCUCCAAGGAUGAUGCAGUGCAGGAGAAGCUCAGUUUCCAGACUUUAUCCUCCCCCCAGUUGGCUGGCGACGUUUAUAUGUACUACGAGUACCGAUCCACAGAGGGAUGGGGAGGUUCCCUUUACCUGGACGACGUGCAAAGACUACCGGAUGCACUGCGUCAGACUCUGAUGCCGCAGAGCUUACCCGCUCCGCCGCAAGCCUCCAAGAAGCUAGUGACUCCCAGGCCGCCCAGUGGAAGGACCAAAAAGAGUCUGCUACCUCCGCUGAUAUUCGCUGAACAGCAGCUUCAAUUCUGUGGCUUGGAAGUCCUUCUGGAUAACCGGCGUUUCCAGUUACUCCACUCCCGUCAUCACCAGAGGAAUCUGCAUACCAAGCAGCUGCGCUUCGUGCCCGCCCUGGAGCAGGAAAUCUCGGAAGAGGAACCGCUACCGGUUGGCCGGGAAACAGUGCAGCUCCUGGAACCGGGCACCUACUGGAAUCCCAUCGAUCUGCACAAGCAUCGCGGCCGAAAGUUCCUCCAGCUGCUGUACGAGGUUAUUGCCAGCCAGAGUGCCAGGAGGGCCAAGGCCCUGCAGACGCCUCUGCCGCUGCUCCUCCUGGCCGAGGACUCGGAUCGCUCGGCGGUUACCGGUUGGACAGCCCUUUGGCGGGCAUUUUGCUCCGUUUUCCAGGGGCAAGGUGCUUCUCUGCCCAGGGAACCACCUGCUUGGUCGGGUCAGCAGUCCGGUACCGAUCUCUUCAAGAACUUCUGCGUCUCGCUCCACGUGGUGCGGGCCACUGGCGUCCCAGUGCGCAGUCGCCACAUCCUGAAUCUCAAUGAGCGGCGCUCCAGCGCUGGUGGCGAUAUGAGCACCAGUCUGUUUGUCACACAGACCCUCAUGUACUCCAACGUGCGACCCUUUGUGACCCUCAGCUAUGGACAGCGUCUGUGCCGCAGUCGCACCGCGGAGGGCAGUAAUCCCACCUGGAACGAGCAACUGCAGCUGCAGAUCCAGAGCCAGUUCGGCGAUCUCCGCGAGGAUCUGAAGAUCAGUCUGUUCGACGAGUUGAUUGAGCAGCAGUACAGCGACGAGGCAUCCGACUUGUACCAGCGGGUGCAGUGCAACUGGCUGGGCGAGUUCCGGGUGCCCAUCAACAGCUUGCUGGCCAGUCGCAAGUUCGAGGGCUGCAUCGAGUUGGUCAUGCCCAAGGUUUUGGUGGGCUACAAGCGGCCGUUGAUAGACUCCGUCACGAACAUGUCAACGGAUCAGUAUCCGGAGUUCAAGGAGACAGUGCAUCUGUGGUUCUACCUGAGCAUCGAACCCAGCGGUGGAGACCUAAUGCCCCUGCAAUCGUGCGCCUUGGCCUGUGCGGAGAAACCGGAACUGCAGCAAUACCUCGGCGAGAGGAGACUGGAGCUUCAGCAACUGCUUCCCCAGCCACAGCGCUAUGUGGAGCCGCUGGUGUGCACUGCCCAAGGGAAGAGGGUGUGUCUCACCAGACUCCUCGAUGCAGUGCCCCUUCCGCCAGCUGUGGCCAGCGGGGAGAAUCCCCUGGAGAGCUCCUUUCGCUACGUUUCGCUGCUCAGCCAGUUGCGCAGCUAUGAUCCCUGCCUGGGAUUCCGUGGCGUUUGGCUGGACAAUCAAGCCCUGCUAGACAGUACGUGGUGCUCGGUCAAGGAUCUGGGUGUCCUGCUCUGUAACUACAUGCUAUCCUUGGGCUUGGAGUGCUGGCUUAUUCUGGGAGUGGCCUGUCCCCACGGCGAGUGCUCCUUUGUGCUCUUCCGCCAGCCGGAAACUGCUGAGCUCUUCCUCGUUUCCCCUGCCACUGGAAAGAGAUACCAACUUCAGGAUGUGCAUUGUCCGCUGAGACGAAUAUAUUGUGUGGUGGGAAAACAGAAUAUUUAUUUCAAUAUUCAGACGGAAACCCGUGUCAGCAUGACCCAUUUUAAUCUUCAGGAUGGCGCCUGCUGGUUUCCACUCUUCAGCCGGCGGUUUCCUGCCCCCCAAAGUGGCGUCCAGAAGCUGGACUACUCGUACAAGAGGAGCUACGAACUCAGCCAGCUGCAGAAGCACAUCGAGCGCAAGAUCAUGAAGAAGAUCAGUGCGUGGCGCACCACCAGGAAAACCAUCUGGAAUCGAGCCUUUCAGCCACGCCUCCAGAAAAUCCUUUGCGACAUGGAAAACCUAGCCACCUUCUCCAGAGGCCGAUAUGAUGAGCCCAUUUUCAGCGAGCAACUGGAACGAGAGUUUCCCAACUACAGGCUCUACGGCUUCACCCUUAACUUUGCGUACACCAAUCUGGCGGCGAUAUCGGAGCGCAUCCGGACCACCUGCAUCCACUACAACCACGACGCCUCCGUGGAGUUCUGCGUGGCCGUCCACCUGCACGCUCACGCCAACGAUGUGCUGUCCGUGUGGCUGUUUCUGUUGUCCAUGGUGCCACUGGUGGAGUGAGUGAGUCACGGUCCCAAAAUGCC